AUGCUGCGGGUUGCGGGGAGAAGGCUCUCGUCUUCCCUCUCCUGGCGCCCCGCCGCGGCGGCGGCGGCCAGGGCCCCCCUUGCCGGCGCUGGCGCCCCCGACCGGGACGACGACUCGGCUCGCUGCCUGAGCCAGCCGCGGUUCUCCAUCGACUCCCCCUUCUUUGUCGCUGCCAGGGGUUUCUCUUCAACUGAAACACUUGUCCCAAGGAACCAAGAUGCUGGCUUCCCAGCAACUGUGGCUGCUGUGAAGAAUCCUAACCCUAAGGUGGUUUAUGAUGAGUACAACCAUGAAAGAUAUCCUCCUGGAGAUCCCAGCAAGCGUGCCUUUGCUUACUUUGUCCUGAGUGGUGGGAGGUUCAUAUACGCAUCACUGCUGCGUCUCCUCAUAUUGAAGUUUGUCCUGAGCAUGUCAGCAAGUAAGGACGUGCUUGCCCUUGCUUCAAUUGAGGUGGACCUCUCCAGCAUCGAGCCAGGGACCACAGUGACCGUGAAGUGGCGUGGAAAACCAGUCUUCAUCAGACGGCGGACGGAGGAUGACAUCAAGCUUGCCAACAGUGUGGACGUGGCAUCCCUGCGCCACCCAGAGCAGGACGCAGAGCGUGUGAAGAACCCUGAGUGGCUGGUGGUCAUUGGCGUGUGCACUCACCUCGGCUGCAUCCCACUGCCAAAUGCAGGAGACUUUGGCGGUUGGUUCUGCCCAUGCCAUGGUUCCCACUAUGACAUUUCUGGGAGGAUCCGCAAGGGCCCUGCGCCGUUCAACCUCGAGGUCCCGACCUACAGUUUCAUGGAGGAGAACAAACUGCUCAUAGGCUAA